CGCCUAUAAAACAACAGAGCAAGGACCUGAUUUCAGUUGCACCUUUCCGCUCGCUCAUCUUCCCUGAUUUCCCGUACUCCCAUGCCGCCAUUAAAGCCCUAGCCCAUCGUCGCUGCCGGCCUCUCUUACGCCGAUUUUCCAACCUCCGACGGCUUCAUUUUAACUGUGCGAUUCAAUGGCGUAAGUUGGGAACCGGAAGAUUUAUUUCUUCAGAAACGCCUCAGUUUUGUUUCAUCUCGAAGCGAACAGAGCAAGAAGAUCUGUGUGCUGAUUACGUUUACGAGAAAUGGCACCGCUAUUAAACGAUCACUUCAGUUAUCAAACGCCAGAAAAUGAGACUGUUAUCACUAAAAAAAUUCCUCGGUCUGAACAAACCAACAAAUAUCCUAAUUGGUAUUCACCAGAUACAGGAAUUUGCCGUAGUGUUCAUGCUUCUAGAGGAGUUCCCUCUGAUCCAUUUCUUGAUGUUGUCUCCUUCAUUUUCUCCUUCAAACACAAUGGAAAUUCAGCUAUCAUUGAUUCCUCAACUGGGAGUUCAAUAUCUUACAAAGAAAUGUUUCAUAUGGUCAAAUCCAUGGCUUCUGGACUCCAAAAAUUCGGUAUAUCACAAGGGGAUGUAGUUUUGCUUGUGUUACCAAAUUCCAUUUUCUAUCCCAUUAUUCUUUUAGGUGUUCUGUAUUUAGGAGCAGUUGUUACAACCAUGUUUCCUCAAAGCAGUUCUUCAGAAAUCAAGAAACGAAUCAAUGAUUGCAAUGUUCGAUUGGCUUUUACAAUAACUCAGAAAAUCAAGAAUUUUGAGUCAUUGGGAAUUCAGGCAAUUGGGGUACCAGAAAUUACCAAUUUCGACUUGAUGCAGCCUAUGGGAUUUUCUUAUUUUCAUGAGCUUAUUUCAAGUGGUUCUGAUUUGAAACAAAGACCAGUGAUUAGACAAGAAGAUACAGCUGCUCUAUUGUUUUCUUCAGGUACUACUGGAGUAAGCAAAGGGGUUAUGUUAACACAUAGAAAUUUUAUAUCUACGAUCGAGCUUUUUGUUCGGUUUGAAGCUUCACAGUACGAAUAUUUGCCUACAGAGAAUGUGUAUUUGGCUGCUAUACCAAUGUUUCAUAUAUAUGGUCUUUCCAUUUUUGUGAUGGGAUUACUGUCAUUGGGAUCUAGUGUUGUUAUAAUGAGCAAAUUUGAUGUGAAAGAGGUAGUCAAGGCUAUUGACAGAUUUAAAGUCACACAUUUUCCAGUUGUUCCACCUAUAAUGACAGCUAUGGCUAGAACUGCAGAGAAAAUUGGUGUGCAUAGAUUUAGAAGUUUGAAACAAGUUUCUUGUGGAGCUGCUUCUUUGAACAAGAAGACCAUUGAUGAUUUUGUUAAGGCUUUCCCUCAUGUUGACUUCAUUCAGGGAUAUGGCAUGACUGAGUCCACAGCUAUAGGAACUCGCGGCUUCAAUACCAAAAAUGCUAGAAAUUAUACGUCAGUUGGACUUUUAGCUCCAAACACAGAAGCUAAAGUAGUUGAUUGGGUUUCCGGAUCUUUCAUGCCUCCUGGUAAAACCGGCGAACUUUUGUUACGCGGACCCGGUUCAAUGAAAGGGUACUUGAAUAAUCCAGAGGCAACAAUGUCCACAAUAGAUAAAGAAAAUUGGCUACAUACUGGAGACAUUGUCUACUUUGACCGAGAUGGAUACUUGUAUGUUAUUGAUCGUUUGAAGGAGGUUAUAAAGUAUAAAGGCUUUCAGAUUGCUCCUACUGAUUUAGAAGCUGUGGUGAUGACACAUCCAGAAGUUCUCGAUACUGCGGUAACAGCGGCCAAAGAUGAAGAAUGUGGGGAAAUUCCAGUGGCAUUUGUGGUAAAGAAGCCAGGAAGCAAACUCUCACAGAAAGAUGUUAUUGAUUAUGUUGCUCAACAGGUUGCACCAUAUAAAAAAGUAAGAAAAGUGGUUUUUACAGAAUCAAUACCAAAAUCUGCUGCUGGCAAAGUACUUCGUAGAGAACUUGGGAAGCACUUGCCUUCUAAACUGUGAGGUCUCCCAUUGUGUUUAUCUUUCGUCUUUUCCUUAUAUUGGCUCUACCACCUAAAAAUUUGUAAUAACAGUAUUCUAUGACGAUUCCUUAUCGCAAUCCCUAUGGUUGAAAAGUUAAUUCUUUGAA